AUGAGUUUCAAGGCUUUUGUUUUCCUCGAUCUUUUUUUCGCUUUCGUUCUCCUCAUCUCUUCCGAGGUGUCUGCUAGAGACCUAGCGAAAACGUCGGAAAAGGACAAUGAUGAGGUGGAGAUCAAUGGCAUAAAGGAUGCCAAAUAUGAUAGAGGUUAUGGAAGCCAUGAUCAUGGUGGUUACCAAGGUGGUGGUUAUGGCCAUGGUGGCUAUGGCGGCCGUCGUGGCUACAGUGGCCACAAUGGCCACAGUUGCCGGUAUGGUCGAUGUGGCUACAGGUGCUGCAGCUACCCUGGUGAAGUGGUGGAGGGUGCAAAGCCCUAAGGUUUGUGCUUGGUUA